AAUAUAUAUAUAUAUUGUAUACUGAUUACGGGAAAUAGUUCCGGAACAGAAACGAUCACUGUACGGAGUUAAGAUCUAAUUGGCACUAGACGAUAUUAAGAAUACUCUACGAUGUUCCGGAUUCUGCUUGUUGUAUCAACUAUUGUUGGAUUUAUCCUGUUUUUUCUGUCAAUGGUUUUACCCUACUGGGUCAUCUUUGAGACAGCUACAUAUUCUGGACAAAUAGGAGUCUUUUUGAUUUGCAUCAAUCAACACGAAGAUGGCGUUUCUUGUAGCAGAAUUGUGAAAGAUUCAUAUAUUGUAGAUGGGAGUUACAAGAUUCCGCAAGUAUUUAUGGGCCUCGGGUUUUGUUUCUACCUAAUCAGCGUUUUCUUAGCCACUAUGACAUUCUUCUGGACACGUGACCUGAAAAAAAUAAGAGGAAUCAAGUUUGCUGCUGCAUCAUUUGCUUUUCUAACAGCGAUUUGCUUGGUAGUAGCUGUUGUUGUAUUUCACAACAUGUAUGACAAAGAAACAGAAACUAUAACUUAUGGAUGGUAUAUUGCAGUUAUUAGUCUUAGUUGUGUAACUUUAGCCUGUCCAUGUUAUAUUAUUGAUGGGUGUCGUACUAACAAACAAAAAGACGAAAAAGUUCCAAAAACAAAUACAGCUCCCAGCCCUACUGCUUUCACUGUCUAUCGAAGACAGAAAUUAAAAGAUGGCUUCAAUGAUCAAAUUUCAGAACAGCAAAGCCAGUUACCGGAACCACUUUGCUUUGAAGACAAAUAUGCCAUCUUAUCUGACGAAACAAACAUAGAACAUGACAGCGAUAACGAUACUAAUGAAUUAAAGUCAACAACAACUUUAAAACAACCAAUUGUUGUUCCACCAUCUUCUGAGUUUAGCAUUAAAGCAAGUGACGAUUAUGGUUGCAAUGAAGAUAACUUUAUUCAUCCACCUCCGAAAAUUAUAAGUUCAGAUCCAUCGUCUUCUGAGUUUAGCUUUAAAAAAAUUGACGACUAUGGUUGCAGUGACGAUAACUUUGUUCAUCCAGCUCCGAAAAUUGUCAGUGCAGAUACUAGUACUCCUUUCAAAGACAUUUUACUCAAAAACUUACAACCUCAUUCCGGUAACGAUAGGGAUAUAUCCAGAACAUUUAGUUGUUACAGUUUGGAGAGUGGUCAGACUGAUGAUAGUGACCUUGAAUUUCAUUUGCUUACAAAAGAUUCUAGGUCAAAUAAGGUAAUUGAUGAAGAUCGUCCUCCAAGUCGUGAAGCAUUCGAUGAAAGGAAAAUUGUCGAUGGAAAAAUCGUCACAGAGAUCCGGCAUGAUGAAUUAUCUGCGUCGCAUAUAUUUGGUUCAAACAAAGAGUUAAGUGAAUUUAAGGAACCAAAUCAUCUUUAUGAGUCAUCAAAUGCAUUACAAAUAGAAGAGGUAGUAGAAAUACACGCUGAGCCUUCAAAUGCAUUACCAAUAGAAGAAGUUGAAGUAAGGCAAUCUGAGACAUCAAAUGCAUUACCAAUAGAAGAAGUUGAAGUAAGACAAUCUGAGACAUCAAAUGCAUUACCAAUAGAAGAAUUGGUAGUAAUACAAUCUGAGACAUCAAAUACAUUACCAAUAGAAGAAGUUGAAGUAAGACAAUCUGAGACAUCAAAUGCAUUACCAAUAGAAGAAUUGGUAGUAAUACAAUCUGAGACAUCAAAUACAUUACCAAUAGAAGAAGUUGAAGUAAGACAAUCUGACUCGUCAAAUGCAUUACCAAUAAAAGAAGUUGAAGAAAGACAAUCUGAGACAUCAAAUACAUUACCAAUAGAAGAAGUUGAAGUAAGACAAUCUGACUCGUCAAAUGCAUUACCAAUAGAAGAAGUUGAAGUAAGACAAUCUGACUCGUCAUAUGCAUUACCAAUAGAAGAAAUUGAAGUAAGACAAUCUGAGACAUCAAAUGCAUUACCAAUAGAAGAAGUUGAAGUAAGACAAUCUGAGACAUCAAAUGCAUUACCAAUAGAAGAAUUGGUAGUAAUACAAUCUGAGACAUCAAAUGCAUUACCAAUAGAAGAAGUUGAAGUAAGACAAUCUGAGACAUCAAAUGCAUUACCAAUAGAAGAAGUUGAAGUAAGACAGUCUGAAGCUGUAAAUGACAAUAACACACAGUAUACAGUUAAAUCGGCACCAAAACGUUCGAGCAGACGUUAUAAAUCAGAACAUAAUAACCAGGCUUCCGCAAAAUCAAACAGUAAAAUUUUCAGAGCACAAUAUGGCACAAGUUCUCCAUACACAAAAAAGUUAGACUUACCGAAAGAAAAGGGGAAAUAUGAUGAUAAAAGGCAGAAACCUGAAAAAAAGUCUAGUAAGCGAACGAAACAGAAUUCAACACAACACGGUAAAAUAAAACGUAAGUUAGGAGACAGUCGAGUAGCUCACAAAGAUUCAAAUGCAGCAAAAGAAGAAAUACCGAACAAAGCUACCGUUAAAAGUAUGUCUAGGUACUGUAAUGGCGACGGAGUCUUUACACAAUUCCUGAAAGAAAAUGCACCUUCUUCUGACUUGGUAGCUGAUACAUUUGAUGAAAACCAUUCUGGUAAUCGCAAACAUAAAAAUGAAAACCAGCUUGGCGAACAAUCUGAAAAAGAGGCAGACAGUUCGGUGUCUUGCAAAGAUUUAAAAUUUUAAAUACAAUAAAAGAAGAAAUACCGAUCGAAGCAAAAACUAAAAGUGUUGUUGGGAAAAGGGAAUUUUUAUACUAGAGUUCCUGUUGGGUAUGACAUAGGCGGUGAAGUCUGCACACAAUUUCGAAAGAAAACGAAAGUCCACACCCUCUUGCGAAUACAUAAAAUGAAAAACGUGAAAAAAAAACAGCAUGGCGUAUUAAUUCUGAAAUGCAGGCUAUUGAAAGAGAGGAGUAUCGGUUGAGACAGAAAUUAUUGUCAUGAAAAAUGCUCUGACGGUAAAGAAAAUUUAGAACC